UUUAAAUACAUACAGUAUUUCAGCUUCAAAUGAGUUUACUAAAAAAAUAAAAAGUAAAACAAAACAAACCAAGGGCAGAUAACUCGUUAUAAAGUUAAGUUUGUGUGGUCACAUUUCACGUUUAGUUUACUUACAAUGAGUGGAUCGACUGUCAUACGUAUAAUUUAUACAUCUCAAGUACCUGGUUGACAAAUUAACUUGAACAGAUGUGAAAUGUAACUGCCAGAUCUGUUAAAAUUAUUACCAAGCAAUGUGUCGUUGAUCGGCUUGCAGUGAACUCGUAUGGAAAACUUACUUGUAUGGGGGGAAAUGCAGUGAACUCGUAUGGAAAUCCACACGUGAACUCAUAUGGAAGACUUAUAGGGAAAAUGCAUAUAUCCAAUACUUGUGUGUAAUUUUUAUGCAGAGGUCGACAAACCCUCUAGCCUGACGUAUGUGGCUAGUGGUUUUUAAGUUCAGGCUAGUGAGAAACGCAAAACAUGCAUGCAUGCAUUGUUUACGGUUUCUGUCGCAGGAAAUAAGUCUAAUGACAUGCAUGAUUUGAUUGGUUGGGUAAGUCACGUGGUAGUUAAUCUCGCACAAUGUUUUAGGCUAAGAAACUCUAAUUAUAUUUGUACUAAAUAUUUAUAUCUAUAUAUAUAUUAAAUUAUAUUUUUCAAUAUGUCUCUUACUCUGUUACAUCACGAAAUGUAUUUAUAUUUCUAUACUCAUAUCUAUAAUGUAUUAUCAUGUAUGUAUAUUGUUAAUAUACACAUAUGUUUAUAAUGUAAUAAUAAUAUCAUGUACUGUAUUUGUAUUUAUAUUCAUAUAUGUACCAAGCAAUGUAUUUAUAUUAUUAUUAUCCUUCUGUAAACCAUCUUGUAAUAAAGUUCGGUUCUUUUCUGUUCUGUUUUAUUUACCUAAAGCAAUGUAUUUAUAUUAUUAUUAUCCUCCUGUAAACCAUCUUGUAAUAAAGUUCGGUUCUUUUCUGUUCUGUUUUAUUUACCUAUUGUUUUCUAAUUGAAUGGCCUAUUUCGUGUAGGGGUUUGGUUAAUGCUUUUCAGCUGCCGAUACCUUUUUCGUUCAUCAAUUAACAAUGGAUUACACAUCGCUGUUAUAUUCUUUUGAUAUCAGGAUGAUGCCCCUGUAUCACUUCUCCCUAAACUAAUCUGUUUACUUGUUAAAUUGACACCUAUGCCUCAGCGGCGGAUCAGAGUAAUUUAACAUAACAAUUCAAUGCUUAAAACGUCGCUCCAAAAUCCACCCAGUUAACUUCACUCGGAACCAUGGCAGACUCACCUUGUGUGGUUUGUCACCGACCAGUAACAAGAUGACAUCACGCCGUGGAAUGCGACUCUUGCCAACAAUGGACACAUAGGACAUGUGACACAGGUAAUACUUUAUUAAUUUUUUAAUUAUUCUAUCUUUUUUUCAAUAAAUAAUUUUUUAAUUGCACGAAGAAUGCUAAAAAACCUACUCCUAAAACUUGAAAAUUAAAUAAUUAUUUGUAUAACUUGAAAAUUAAACAACGCUAUAUAACGCUAUAUAAUUAUUUAUAUAUUAUUAUAAUUUUUAUUCCCUACAUAUGUUUAUUCGGCAUUUUUACAACAACCUUUCUUGUUAAUUAUGUGUAUUACUUAUUUUGUAGGAAUAGACUUGAAGACCUACAGAAAGUUGAUGCGAGAUGAGAUCGAAUUCACGUUCUUUUGUAGUGCGUUUGUGGAUUCACAGACGUCUCCCACUGAUGUGCCAGCGUCACCACCAUCGCCACCACGUCUGAUCUGCCGCCGUGCAGUCGCUUCCCCAGAGCCGGUUGUCCCAGACUCGCCACCAUCGCCCCUGGAUGUUCCUGCCAUGUCACCAUGUCUGAUCCGUCGCCGUGCAGUCGCUUCCCCAGAGCCGGUGGUCCCAGACUCACCACCAUCGCCCAUGUCGCCUCGCCACCGACAUGCAGAUUCCACGGGCAACGAGUCAUCAUUCAACUUGACAGCCGGCAGCAUUGAGAUGCCCGAGGAUGUCCACGAGAAUUCCAUCCAGGAUCCGUCACCAAUGGAGGUGCCACUAGGACCUCAGGAGAUGGCGUUCAGGAUUAUAGAGAAGGGGACACAGAGAGGCAAACCGCUUCUUGUGGACAGUCGGGGAUAUACAUACACCAUUCAGGAUGGCAGGAAGGCUCCCGCUCUGGUCUACUGGUGGUGUUCGGUUCGAUCAUCAAACAACAGAUGCCGAGCUACAGUAGCCCAGAGGAAUGAUACUUUUCAGAUUGGAAGACACCAGCACAACCACCAGCUGACCGUCGGACUGUUCACAAAGAAGAACAUCGCAAUGAGGUUAAGAGAAGUUUCCCGCGAAGGAGACUUCUACCGGUCGUCACAUUCCAUGGCGGAGCAAAUCUACAUGGAGGAAUCCAAGCCCGACGAACUCUGCCCAACCCUUGUCCCACUACUGACCGCCGCACGGACUGUGAAUCACCAUCGACAGAAGUUGCGUCCCAAGAAGCCAAAGGACCUUACGUUUGAGUUAGAGCCUAGAGCCAUUCCAGAAGACUUCUUUCGAGAAGACAUCAAGACAGGACGUGGCAGUCGACAUCUGGUGUUUGCCACACAGGAGCAACUGAGGACGCUGACCACCGCCAAGACCUGGUUUGUGGACUCUACGUUCCGGGUAGUCUCGAAGCCGUUCACACAGCUGCUGUCGAUUCACGCCUUCUUGACGUCGGGGGGGGGAAGAUGAAGCAGGUGCCACUAUUGUUCACGCUGAUGUCCAGCUGUCAGACAGAUGACUACAUCGCGGUGUUCGAGGCUGUCCAGAACCUUCUUGAAGAAGACCUCUCAUUGGAACGGAUGACGACCGACUUUGAGGUGGCAACAUGGAAGGGGUUUCGAGCCGCUAUACACCUUAAUACGUUUCUUGAAGGCGGAGGCCGACCUGCUGCCCAUGCAGUCGAGACUACUAACAGACGGGCAGUUGGAUCGGCGGCAAACGCCAGCACAGAAGAAGAAAGCGAAGAAGUACUUCGAGCUAUGGGACAAUUAUACGGAAGGCGAUCUGUCCCCAAGCCAGCUUCUGCGUGAAGUCGCAAAGAUGAACGGACCCGUAUGCCAGUGAUGUGCACCAUGCAUCAAUAGUCUAGUACAAUAUUAAUUACUAAAAUAUGCCUUUUAUAUAUUUUGCCAUUCAUUUAUUAAAGCAAGCACAUAAAUUACAUUAAUGUUUAUUUCAAUUAAUUUUUGUGUAUUUUUAAUGAGCAAGUGCCCCAAAAGUGUUUGGUGUACCAUGCCUUGCCUAAUUUCUAGGGAAAUCACUAAAAUAUGUCUGUCAUGCGUAGUGUGUUUAUCAUUGCUUCUUAUUAUUUAUUAUUCAUUGGAUGCUUGUUACAGAAUAAAUUAAACAUGAUUGAACAUACUUGUUUUCUAUUGAUUUGGAAUUACAUGAAAAUACACGAAACCAUACGGGGUGGAUACUCUUGACGUCACAUGUCAGUCGGGGGAAUAUGUGCCCACACGCCUAUGCACGGAACGAAAAUAGGUGACCACGGGUAACACGAAAAUAGGUGUCUGCCGUUGACGCACAAACUGCGGUUGACACGCUAAUGAUGGUGACAUAAAUAAGAAGCAUGUAUACAAAACAAUUGUCAUGUAAAAAUACACAUAUUCAAAGUAUAUCUACAUAUCCAUACAUCCCCAUACGAGUUCACCGUUAUUUCUUACAUACGAGUUUGUUUUCCAUACGAGUUUUUUGUCCAUACGAGUAAGUUUUCCAUACGAGUUCACCACACCCCCAUUGAUCACUUGGUGUCACCAACAAUUUCAGUGGUACUCUUCAUUUUUUACUCAAAUGUCUAGGCUCUGUCUGUCCAUGAUAGAGGUCGCUUGUUAGUGAGAAAUAUGUCAGUAUAUUGGAGCUCUGCACCUGGUCUGUUGAGUUAAUGUUUGUUUUGUUUAACAACACUACUAGAACACAUUGAUAUAUUAAUCAUCAGCUAUUGGAUGUCAAACAUUUGGUCAUUUUUUAUUAAUCAUGGUCACGUUGGUGAUAUUUGUAAUUAUGAAUUGAAUAAUUUAAUUUAUAAAU